GCUUGUCCCCUCGGAUGGCCUCCGAGACCCCCAAGCCGCGGCCGGAGCCCGGUACUGGAGCGGCGAUGCGGGAGCCGGGGCUCCGGGAGGCUCGAGCGCGCGGCUUCCUGUUCCGCGUCUACGCGGUGGGCUUCUUGGACUUGUUUGGUGUCAGCAUGGUGAUUCCCUUACUGAACCUUCAUGCCAAGUCCCUGGGUGCAAGUCCCAUCGUGGCGGGAAUAAUAGGUUCCUCCUAUGGCAUUUUACAACUCUUUUCUAGCACACUUAUGGGCUGCUGGAGUGAUGUCGUUGGAAGACGAGUUUCCUUGCUGGUGUGCAUUUUGUUCAGUGCCUUGGGGUAUCUCCUUCUUGGAGUCUCUACCAAUGUGUUCCUGCUUGCCUUGGCUAGAGUCCCUGUAGGGAUUUUUAAACACACACUCUCCAUCUCCAGGGCUCUCCUUUCUGAUCUGGUUGCACAGAAAGAGCGUGCGCUUGUGCUGGGCCGGUUCAAUACAGCUUCUAGCAUGGGCUUCAUCUUGGGCCCCGUGGUUGGUGGAUAUCUCACCGAAUUAGACGGUGGGUUCUACCUCACAGCCUUCACCUGUUUCUCAGUCUUCCUUCUCAAUGCUGGUCUUGUUUGGCUGUUACCUUGGAGUGAAACAAAGCUCAACAGUUCCAUGAAUGGCCAGAGACUGAGUAAGAAACACACACUGUUGGGAAAGAUCCUACAGGGAACAGCCACUAUCCCAGUGGCCACCAAGAAUGAACAGCCUGUUCAACAGCCCUGGCUUCCAAUCGCAUCCAUCUUGCAGGAUAUGAGGAGUCUGCUGGGCUCUGACAUGUGGCACGUGUUUCUCGUGCGCUUGCUCAUGGGUGUGGCCGUCAUGCUGUACUAUAGUAACUAUGUCUUGGCCCUGCAAGAUCGCUUUGGGGUGCAGCCCAAGACCACAGGAUACCUCAUCAGUUACAGCAGCGUCCUGGGGGCCCUGGCUGGUUUCACCCUGGGGCCCAUCCUGCGUCUCUACGAGCACCGCUCACACCGGGUGCUGCUGCACUCUAGCACUCUCACCUGCGUGCUGUUGCUGCUCUACUCCACGGCCCGCACCAUGGCCGUGGUGGUCUUCUCCUCCACGCUCCUGUCUUUCUCCACGGCCGUCGGCAGGACUUGCGUCACGGACCUGCAGUUGAGCAUGGGUGGGAGCCGGGCCAGCGGCACUGUCAUCGGCUUGGGGCAGUCCGUGACAGCCGUAGCCAGAAUCGUUGCUCCUCUUCUCUCGGGAGUGGCCCAGGUUGUCAGCCCCUGUGGGCCCCCCAUCCUUGGGGCUGCCUUAGCCUUGGUGGCCAUUUUCUUAAUGUCACUCUACAAACCUCACCGUAGUGGUGACAGGAGUGGUAAGUUAAAGCAUGACUAGGACAGCAGAAAGAAGCAGAGUUGGAGGAGUGCCAGUCAGGGCCAAUGACAAAAGGCCAUACCUAGAAGAAGACUUCCGGAAGAAUGUGUGUAAACACGGCCAGGAGGGUGUGCCCAGCCCUCUGCUGUGCGGCUAUGCCCGUGGGACCAUCAGAAGUGACCGGGACCCAUAGGAAAGUCGGGAUCCAAGCAGCUUUACCAACAGGGACCACAUUCAUCAUUUCCCGACAAGGCCCUUCCUCCUUCCCAGGCCACCCAGGCUGACGUUGCGGGAAGAAAGCUGCCAUUUAAACAGGAGCUAAAUGGUGCAAUGACAGACCAUGCCAUGUCGAAGGAGGGAAGAAAUGAGCUGUUAUUUAACUAGAAUGUAGCAUAGCGUGUAAUCGUGUGCUGAUCACCCAGAGCUUGGGUUACCAGCUCAGCCCAGAACCGGAGCAAUAAGGGAUCCUGGAGACUGAGGAAGCUCAGCUAUUAGAACGAGCCUGGUGCUUUCUCAGGGUGGGAAAAAAAUCCGACACUGACCUUACCAUCCCCUCCCUGCCAGGGAACCACUGUCGGAAGAACUGGCCUUUUAAGCUCCAGUGAGACUUAGAAGUAGAGACUUCAAGACCUAGUAACUUUGAUGAAAGUAAAAGUCAGAGGCUGGCUAAUUUGUUCAUUGCUAGCUGCAUGUGAUUGCUAAAGUCAUGUUUGCAGUCACAAUUUGUUACUCUUUCUUGGUUCUCGGGUUCCUUUUUGGGCCUGAUCCCUAUAUCUUCUUGCAAACGACGCCCUCUGCAGUUAGGGCGUGGCACUGCUCCCAGGAGCCAGCAGUCUGGCUGUCCAUGGUUCUAGUGCUCAUAAACUCUGCUGAUGCAAAGUUCGGGAAUGUUUUUAAGUUAAAUAUUUUCUGGCAGAACAAGAGCCAGGUGAGAAGCCAUUGCAGAAGAGCUCGAUUCUACAGGGCUUAUCUUUAAAUGUUAUUUGAUCCUUUUUCAUUUUCAUUUUAUCGCUGGGGCCAGUGAGGGGGUACUUUGCGGUGUGUGUCUUCUUAGGCCUUCUCUAAACUGUCUAAUAUGAUCCAAGGGAGAAGCCCAGCAGAAUGGCUACACAGGCUCACAGGGAGUCAAGAAAUGGGAAAGCCAUGAACAACACAAGUACUUAGCUUGCUAAUAAAACCUUACUUAAGGUCCUCCCUUUUCCUUACAUUCCCUUUAAUCCUCUUGUUUGGUCCACUAGAAGAUCAUGCCUAUUUUCUGCCCCCCACACAGAAUCAUAAAUGUUGUUCUUUGUGUAGUAAUUUUUCAUAACUUGUAUUAUUUAUUAUUUAUAAAUCAAAAGAAGUAUUUCCCAAGUUUUGAGUAUAGGUUCAACUCAGAUAUUUGUAACAAUGGAAGGUAUGUUUUAUCAGGUGAGCGGCCACUCACACCUAUAAUCCUAGCUACUUGGGAGGCUGGUCGCUGCAGGCUCGUGGCUUGAAGC